UAUUCGGGUAGCUUUUUUCAUUUUUUUUUUCCACGGCUUAUCGGUCAUAGCUCAAAACUCAAAAGAUUACGCACGAAAUCCACCUGGAAUCAACAGAAAUCCUUACAAAAACAGCUCUCUCCCGCCGUCGUUUUAACCGACAGGAGAAGGUAGCGCAAGCGACUUGACUUGCACUGACCAGUGAGAGGCAGCCAUCGAAGAGCGAGACAUUGGAGUGACAGACAUGUGGGUCCACCUUUUCUUGGGACCCACAUGUCGGUGACUGAAAGCCACGUUACUUGAGAGGCAGAGAGGCCGGGAUCCCCCGAUCACCUCCGGCUCCAGGUUUGACCAACCCCCGACGAUGGCGACCGCCGCCGCCGACGAGCUCGCGCUGCGGCGGCUUGACGACGCCACGCGCGACGCCCCGCGGCUCCAGCUCGAGACCCUCCGCGCCAUCCUCGCCGAGAGCGCCGGCGCCGCCUACCUCCGCCGGUACGUCCCCGACGACGCCCACCACCGCCGCCUCCUUUCCAUCGGCCUCGCCGCGGCGGCCGACGAGUUCCGCCGGGUCGUCCCCGUCAGCUCGUACGAAGACUAUGCCGAGUCCAUACGCCGCGUCGCGGAUGGCGAGGCCCGCCCCGACGAGCUCGAGCUCGAGCUCUCGCCGCGCCGCCUCCUCUGUUUCUUCCUCAGCUCCGGGACGAGCUCGCUGCGGCCGAAGCUGAUACCAUACUUGGAUUCGCCCGGCGCGAGGGCCGCCUCCGCCGCCGUGAUGCAGGCCAACUCCGCGCUCGUCAGAAGGAUGUUCCCUCCAAGGCCGUCAGUGAGCAAGGCUCUGUGGUUUUUGUACGCCGGUGAGGUCACGAAGACCAAGGGCGGGCACGAGGCCAUGGCGACUACGGCGUGGGGCAUCCGGAGCAGCGGCCUCCGGGCAACCUCGCCGGUAAUGUCCGCCUGCGUCAGCCCGGUCGAGGUCAUCCUCGGCGCCGAUUACCAGCAGCAGAUGUACUGCCACCUCCUCUGCGGCCUCCGGCGUUGGGACGCCGUCGACUGCAUCCGCGCGCCGUACGCCGCCGGGUUGGCGCGCGCCCUGCGCCUCCUCCAGUCCAAAUGGCGGCAGCUCUGCGCCGACCUCGAGUCCGGCACGGUCUGCGCCGAAGUCGUCACCGACGCGGCGAUGAGAGGCGCCGUGCAGGACGGCGUGCUCGCCGGGCCGCGCCCGGAGCUCGCCGACCGUGUCCGCCGUGUCUGCGAGAGAGAAGACUGGCGCGGCGUGCUGCGCGACCUGUGGCCGGAAGCGAGGUACGUCUCCUGCGUCACGACGGGGAUCAUGGAGCAGUACUUCCCGGCGAUCAAGCACUUCGCCGGCGAGGCCGUGCCUGUGCUCGGUACGGACUACCUCGCCUCCGAGUGCCCCAUCGGCAUCAACCUGGAGCGCACGUUGCCGCCGGAGGAAACCACCUACGUGCUCCUCCCCACGGCGGCCUACUUCGAGUUCAUCCCGUUCGACAUGGACGCCGGCCGCCGCUCCGACACGGCCGAGCCGGUGGACAUCACCGGCGUGGAGGCUGGCAAGACGUACGAGGUGGUCGCCUCCACGUUCCGUGGGCUGUACCGCUACCGCAUCGGCGACGUCGUGAAGGUCACCGGCUUCCACAACUCCUCCCCUCGGCUGCAGUUCGUGACCCGAGCGCCGCCGCCGCAAGAACACGCCGAGAUGCUCAACGAGAGGGACGUCAUGGCCGCCAUGGACACUUUCCAGCUCAUGCUAAAGGAGCACGAGGAGCCGUCAUUACCCGCCGGCGGCGAAGUCGUCGAGUUCGCGGCGUUCAUCAGCGACGACGGCGGACGCCGGCUGCGGGGCGCGACGAUCGCCGUCGAGGUACGCAACGGAAGCAGGCUGCCCGACCAUGAGAGGUCAGGCGACGCCGCCGCCUUCCUCAGGCGAUGCUGCGCGCCGCUCGAGGGUUGCUUCGGUGGGGCGUACAGGCUGAGCAGAGCCACCGGCGACGUCGCGCCGCUGGAGAUCGCCGUGGUGACGCCCGGCACCUUCGACAGGCUCGCCGAGGAGGCGAUAAGCGGCGGCGCUCCGGCGAACCAGUACAAGCCGCCCAAGAUCGUCAGGCACCGGCGCCUCAUCGAUGUGCUGCAAUCCUCCAUAGUGUGCAGCAGCUGUACCACUGAUUCACUGAAAGGAUGAAAAAAUUUCAUGUUUUUGGAUAAUCAUCUUAAAAAGUUUCUUUAAAUGAGUGGUUGUUUGA